GGGCAGGGCAGGGCCGGGGCAGGGCCGGGCCGGGCCGGAGCGGAGCCGGCGGCAGCGGCGAUGGCGCCGCGGUUGCAGCUGGAGAAGGCGGCGUGGCGUUGGACCGAGACGGUGCCGCCCGAGGCGGUGGCGCAGGAGCACAUCGAAGCGGCCUACCGCGUCGGGCUGGAGCCCUGCCAGCGCGGCGCCUGCCGGAGGAACUGCCGGGGGAACCCCAACUGCCUGGUGGGCAUCGGGGAGCACGUCUGGCUGGGCGAGAUAGACGAGAACAGCUUCCACAACAUCGACGACCCCAACUGCGAGCGCCGCAAGAAGAACGCGUUCGUGGGCUUAACGAACCUCGGCGCCACGUGCUACGUGAACACUUUCUUGCAGAUGUGGUUUCUUAACUUGGAGCUCCGACAAGCCCUCUACUUGUGUCCCAGCACCUGCAGCGAGUAUUCGGCGGGAGAGGGUAUCCCGAAAGACAAAGACUACGAGCCUCAGACCAUUUGCGAACACCUCCAGUACUUGUUCGCCUUGCUGCAGAACAGCAAGAGGCGAUACAUCGAUCCCUCUGGGUUCGUCAAGGCGCUGGGCUUGGACACGGGACAGCAGCAGGAUGCUCAGGAGUUUUCAAAGUUGUUCAUGUCGCUGCUGGAAGAUACUUUAUCCAAACAAAAAAACCCAGAUGUUCGAAACAUAGUGCAAAAGCAGUUCUGCGGAGAGUACGCCUAUGUCACGGUCUGCAACCAGUGUGGCAGGGAGUCCAAACUCGUGUCUAAAUUUUACGAGCUGGAGUUAAACAUCCAAGGGCACAAGCAGCUGACAGACUGUAUAACAGAAUUUCUUAAGGAAGAAAAACUAGAAGGGGACAAUCGUUAUUUUUGUGAAACCUGUCAGAGUAAGCAGAACGCCACGAGGAAGAUCAGGCUGCUGAGUCUUCCCUGCACGCUCAACCUGCAGCUGAUGCGUUUCGUGUUUGACAGACAAACUGGCCACAAGAAAAAGCUCAACACCUACAUCGGCUUCUCCGAGCUGCUUGACAUGGAGCCUUUUAUGGAACAAAAAAAUGGCGUCUACGUGUACGAACUUAGCGCCGUCCUCAUACACCGAGGCGUGAGCGCUUACUCCGGGCACUACAUCGCCCACGUGAAGGAUCCGCAGACGGGCGAGUGGUACAAGUUUAACGACGAAGACAUAGAGAAGAUGGAGGGGAAGAAACUGCAGUUGGGGAUUGAGGAAGAUCUAGCGGAACCUUCUAAAUCCCAGACUCGUAAACCUAAGUGCGGGAAAGGGACUCACUGCUCGCGCAAUGCUUACAUGCUGGUAUACAGGCUGCAAACCCGGGAGAAAUCUCUGACAAUCGAAGUACCAGCUUUUCUGCAGGAGCUGGUAGAGCGCGAUAACUGCAAGUUUGAGGAGUGGUGCAACGAAAUGGCCGAGAUGCGCAAACAGAGCGUGGCCAGAGGCAAAAUCAAACACGAAGAGGUGAAGGAGCUCUACAAAAGGUUACCCGCUGAAGCUGGUUCCCCGUACGACUUCAUCUCUCUCGAAUGGCUGCAGAAAUGGCUGGAUGAGUCUACCCCUCCAAAACCCAUAGAUAACACAGCCUGCCUGUGCUCGCACGGCAAACUCCAUCCCGAUAAAAUAUCCAUUAUGAAGAGGAUAUCGGAAUACGUGGCUGACUUCUUCUACAGGAGAUACGGAGGAGGGCCCCGGCUGAACGUCAAAGCACUUUGCAAGGACUGCGUGGUAGAAAGGUGUCGAAUCCUGCGACUGAAAAACCAGUUAAAUGAAGACUACAAAACUGUUACGAACCUGCUGAAGAUAACAGUCAAGGGGAACGACGGGUUUUGGGUCGGAAAGGCGUCCUUGCGGAGCUGGCGUCAGUUGGCUCUGGAGCAAUUAAAUGAGCAAGACGAAGACGCGGAGCACAGUAACGGAAAAAUGAAUGGAAAUGCACAAAACAAAGAUGAAUCAAAUGAAGAGAAGAGAGAGGAGGAAGAGGAGUUAAAUUUUAAUGAAGACAUCGUUUGCCCACAUGGUGACCUGUGCAUAUCCGAAAACGAACGGAGGGUGGUUUCGAAGGAAGCCUGGGAGAAACUCAAGCAAUAUUUUCCAAAGGCCCCUGAAUUCCCAAAUAACAAAGAGUGCUGUUCCCAGUGCAAGAUUUUGGAGCGCGAAGGGGAGGAGAACGAAGCUCUGCAUAAGAUGAUGGCCAGCGAGCAGAAGACUUCUCUCCAGAACCUGUUUCACGAUAAAUGCAGACCUUGCCUGGGCAGCUGGCCUCAGGAGACCGAUGAGCUGUAUAUUGUUUCACAGUUCUUUGUAGAAGAAUGGAGGAAAUUUGUCAGGAGGCCGACGCGAUGCAGCCCCGUGUCCUCGGUAGGAAACAGCGCUCUUCUCUGCCCCCACGGUGGCCUCAUGUUCACCUACGCUUCCAUGACCAAAGAAGACUCCAAACUUAUAGCUCUAAUAUGGCCCAGCGAGUGGGAGAGGAUUCAAAAACUCUUUGUCGUGGAUCAUGUCAUCAAAAUCACCCGAAUGCAAGCUGCCGGGGCGGACCCCGAGAGCACGCUUUACGUCUCUGAGCCCCAACUCUGUCCCGAGUGCAGAGAAGGGCUGUUAUGCCAACAGCAGCGGGACUUGCGUGAGUACACCCAAGCCACCAUCUACAUCCAUAAAGUGGUGGAUAAUAAAAAGGUAAUGAAGGACGCUGCUCCGGAGCUGAACGUGAGCAGCUCAGAAGCUGAAGAGGAAAGGGAGGAAAACAAGCCAGAGGGGGAGCAAGACCCAGAUUUUAACCAGACCAACGGCGGCGCGAAACGCCAGAAGAUCUCGCACCAGAGCUACAUCGCUUACCAAAAGCAAGGCAUCAGGCGGAGCACCCGACACCGGAAAGUCCGAGGGGAGAAAGCGCUGCUCGUUUCUGCUAACCAGACACUGAAAGAGCUGAAAAUACAGAUCAUGCAUGCAUUUUCAGUUGCUCCCUUCGACCAGAAUUUGUCGAUCGACGGGAAGAUACUGAGCGACGACACCGCAACGCUCGGCAGCCUGGGAGUCAUCCCCGAGUCCGUCAUUUUAUUAAAGGCUGACGAACCAAUCGCAGACUACGCGGCCAUGGACGACGUUAUGCAAGUUUGUAUGCCUGAAGAAGGAUUUAAAGGGACUGGUUUACUCGGACACUGAUGCUUUUCUAAACACAACAGAAGAACGACCAGAAGGGAAGAGGAUUUUGACAUGGUAGGGCAUUAAAAUAAUUUAAAAAAAAAAAAAAAAAAAAAAAGGUGGAUACAGGAGUGAACUCUUUGACUCUUCCAGAAGGCAGAAACCUGUUCUGAAAUGACUGGGCACCCCUCCCCGAGAGAAAAAAAAAAAAAAAAAAAAAAAAAAAAAUGCCUUAUGUCAAAGCAGAUUGCACUGAAGGACAUCCCGCCUUCAAGAGAACGUUCCCGAUUUUAUAUUUAAUAAAGCAAGAGGAAGGUUGGAAAGUUUAGCGGCAGUAAAAGCAUCUCGUGUUCGCGGGCGAGGGAGACGGGAGGCGUUCUGGUGUAUUCCCUGCCUCGAGUCCCGCGCCGCGCUCGUCCCUCCGCAAAGGGGAUGCAAUCCGGUAGAUCCGAACCGUCUCCAUCUCUCCUCCAGUAACUCUUUAGGCGUAACCUGCAGCUAAUCCUGUCUUUGAGCCGCUCUUGCUCUUUCAGUACAGCAUGGAAGUAAAGAAAUUGUUACUCGUGAGGAAUGUCUAGCUCUUUCGAAACAAAACACAAAAACUUGAUCUAUUUAACCCAAAACGUAAGCUGUGGUCUGCCUCCGAAAGCCUUCCGUCACGGAGAGGAUGGGGAGCCGCCUUCCUCGCCGGCUUCUCAGCCGCUCGCCUUCGCUUCCAAAAGUUUGAUGAUGAUGAUUUUCUUUUCCUUUUUCUUCCCCCCCCCCCACCUGGUCUUUGUGAACUGUGGGCUUUAUUUUAUUUUAUUUUAUUUUUAAGACACGUGGGGUAUUUUAACGACUUUUGAUAACGUCUUUUCCUCUCCUCCGGGGCUGUCAGGAGACGGCAGAGGGGAUGCGGGUGGGUGGCGUGUUGAGGGUUUGUUGGUUGGGUUUUUUCCCCCCUUCUGUUCUCAUUUUUCACGAAUGCACUAAGAAUUAUUUGGGUUUGUUUGGGUUUUGUUUUUUUUUUACAUCUGUAGCUCCCAGAAAAAAAUCUCUCCCUUUGCCUGUUAGUAGCAGGAAACAGCGUACCGCUUCCAGACCUCAGAAAAAGGUCUGUCGAGGCGUCUCUGUAACCAAGUCAGACGUUUCCUCUUCCUUUUAACUUGUUUCUGCGGCCCAAUGUGCUGCGGAGAGUGGGGUUGCUGCCCCAUCGGCUUUAUUUUUAUUUUUUUUAAAGGAUUGCAGGAUUCGGGGGCUGUGAGAAGAGGCAAGGGGGGCACAUAGCCCCUCCCCACGCCCUCGGUAGCGUUCAUUUUAAACGUUAUCUUUUUUAUCCGAAGAAUCGCAGCCGCCCUUUGCUCCGUCCCUGGGGGGUUUUGGGGCGAAGCAGCCGGCGUUUGGGGCCGUGGAGCUCUUAAAAAGUGGGGUUUGGAGCAAUUUGGACCCGCGUGUUCUUUCCCAAGGUAAAGACGGCAGCAGGAAUUCGGUGCACCAAAGCCGCUCCAUCCUUCGGGAACAGCCAGGAGCUUUUCUUCUUCCCAGACUGAAGCACUCGCUUGUGUACAUAUUCCCUGGAAUUUUUUUUUUUUUUCCAAUUUACUGUUAAUUUUUUUAAUGUUAUAUAAAAAAAAAUAUCUCUUCCUUGAGCUUAUAAUGUUGCAAAAUUCAAGUCUAAACUCAGCGGGAAGGAAGGAGCCGGGGUGGCGUUUCCCAGAAGCGAUGUGCGGCGGCGGCGGCAUCGCCGCGUGUGCCGGAGGCCGCAGGUACACGAUGCGAUCGAAGGCCCAGUUACCGUUUUCUCUGUUAUUUGCGAACAUUAUCGGAUUAAAAUCGUCAUUCGAGCUGUGGA